AUGAUGGUACAUGCUCCUCAGAUGUCGAAACCUGGGUGGGUGAAGAAGUGCGGAAACAUCCUCAAGCAACUCUCAGCGCAUCCCAACAGCUGGGUCUUCAAUGAACCUGUUGACGCUGAGAAAUUGGGCCUUCCGGACUAUCACAUCGUGAUCAAACGCCCGAUGGACCUCGGUACUGUGAAAUCAAACCUUGAGAAGGGAGUGCUGGCGAACCCGCAGCAGUUCAAGGACGACGUCCUGCUAGUCUUCAGGAACGCGAUGACUUACAACCCUGAGGGUCACGACGUCCACGUCAUGGCCAAGACUCUCAAGGUUCUGUUCGAGGGGAAGUGGAGUCAGAACGAGGGAAUUAUCAUGGACGCCUACAACAAUGCUGGGUCCGCGUCUGAGAGCACAAAGAGUAAGGCUGGAAGUGAAGAUUCAUCUCUUGACAACGUGCCUAUGACGUAUGAGGAGAAGAGGGAGUUGAGUGCGAGCAUGAACAAACUGCCGGGAAAACGCCUCGCAUCGGUUGUUUCUUUCAUCCACGAGAAGAACUCCAAAAUCCUGAUGCAGAGUGGCGACGAUCCCGACGAGCUUGAAGUUGACAUUGACAAGCUCGACAACGCCACCCUCCGCCAGCUCGAGAGAAUUGCCAACACAAAGAAGAAGAAGCGAGGAUAA